AUGCGAAAUUGGUUAAGCUUCAUGAUUUCUAUGCUUUGGAGGCGAACUCUUGCGCGAGCCACGAGACAUUUCGGCACCUCAUCGUGGCGUCAUCAAUCGCACCGUGUUGUAGGAAUUGACUUGGGAACGACAAAUUCUGCUGUGGCUAUUGUGGAAGGAAAUGAGCCGCGGAUUCUCGAAAAUGAAGAGGGUGGCCGCACAACUCCGUCGAUUGUAGCUUUCAACAAAGACGGAGAUGUUUCAGUUGGGCUACCAGCAAAAAGACAGGCGGUGGUGAACCCUCUAAAUACAUUUUUUGCCACAAAAAGACUCAUCGGCCGUCGUUUUACUGACGAGGAAGUCCAGCAAGAUAUCCCGAAUAUCCCCUAUAAAAUCACUCCCAACGAGACCGGAGACGCCUGGGUGGAAACCUCGUAUGGUAAACGGAUCUCUCCAUCACACAUUAGUGGACUUAUCUUGCAAAAGAUGAAACAGAUUGCCCAAUCGCAUUUCGACACCGAAAUCAAACAUGCGGUUGUCACGGUGCCAGCUUACUUCAAUGACUCCCAGCGCCUGGCGACAAAGAGCUCGGGCCAAAUAGUGGGCUUGGAAGUGUUGCGGGUCAUCAACGAGCCCACAGCGGCGGCUUUGGCUUAUGGUAUGGAUAAGAAGCAGAAAGACGGUAUCGUAGCGGUUUUUGAUCUUGGUGGAGGAACGUUUGAUAUUUCGAUUCUCGAUAUCGAGAGCGGUGUGUUUGAGGUCCGUGCAACAAACGGUAACACGCAUCUUGGUGGAGAGGAUUUUGACGUUCUCAUCGUGGAAUAUAUCCUCAACAAGUUCCGCGAGGCUGAAGGCAUAGAUCUCCUGAGCGAUCGUCUCGCUGUCCAGCGCAUCAGAGAGGCUGCCGAGAAGUGCAAGAUUGAACUUUCACACGUCAAAGAGACAGAAAUUAACAUACCUUUCAUUACGGCUGACAAGCACAUAAAGCUCAGUUUGACAGAAGAUGAACUAGACGAAAUGUCAAUGCAUUUGAUUAACCAGACCGUGGAUCCUGUGAAAAGGUGUCUUAGAGACGCCGAACUCAAGCCAGAAGACGUCGAUGAUGUGAUUCUUGUUGGUGGAAUGACCAGAAUGCCCCGUAUUCGAAAGACAGUAGCCGAUCUUUUCAAGCUUGAACCCAACACCGCUGUUAACCCUGACGAAGCUGUGGCUCUUGGUGCCGCUAUACAAGGAGCUGUGCUCUCCGGCCAGAUCAAGAACGUCGUUUUGUUGGAUGUCACACCUUUGCUGUUGGGUAUCGAGACCUAUGGAGGUAUUUUCAGCCCUUUGAUUCCUCGUAAUUCUGCUGUGCCGUUGAAAAAAGAGCAGGUGUUUUCCACGGCAGUAGAUGGUCAGACCGGCGUGGAAGUGAGGGUCUAUCAGGGAGAAAGACCUUUGGUGAAGGACAAUAAACUCAUUGGAAAUUUUCAGCUCAAAAACAUCCCGAUAGGUCCAAAAGGCACGCCUCAGAUAGCUGUGCUGUUUUCAAUUGAUGCAGACGGCAUCAUUAAUGUCGCUGCUCGUGACAAAACACCUUAUCCUGAGGAUCUGGAGCACUAUGGAAAAGAGAACCAGGUAUCGAUCCAAGUAUCUGCAGAAACCGGUCUUUCGGAAGAGGAGAUUCAAACUAUGUUAGCAGAAAGUGCUCGCAAUGCCAAGAAAGACGCCGAGUUGAAGUCUCACAUUGAAAAUGCUACGAGAGCGGAUAUCAUCUGCAGCGACACAGACAACGCUUUGAUUCAGUUCGGUGAGCUUAUGGAAGAAAAUGAAAGAAAAGAUAUCGAAAAGAGGGUUGGAGAAUUACGGUCAAUCAUCAAUGAUAUUAGAGAUCAUGGAAAAAUCCGCCCUAUUGAAGAGGUGAACGAAGCCGUCAACGAGCUCCAGAAAGUGUGCUUGGCCGCGAUUCAAGCUGUCGCUGUCAAGCAGCAGAAACAGCAGAAACAGGAACAACCAUAA